AUGGUGCGGCGCGCGGCCGCCGCGCUCGUUCAGCGCCUGCUGGCCGCCGCGCCGCAAACGCCUCCCAACGACCUGGCGGUACUCCCCACCAACUGCACGCCAUCAAUUGACCCUCCCGCUGCUGUGGAUGCCGCGCGGUGCGUGUGCGACGAGCGCGCGGUAGUGCGGCGCGCGCCCGCCGUGCUCGUGCAGCGCCUGCUGGCUGCCGCGCCGCAAAAGCCUCCCAACGACCUGGCGAUUCUCGUGGGGCUGUGUCGCGAUGCUAGCAUUCUAGUGCGCACGACGGCUAUCAUAGGGCUGAGCGAGCUUGUGCUGCAGAAGCCCAGUGAAACGUUGCUAGAUGCUUUUCUUACAGGACCAAUGCACCAGCUUUCUGAUCCUGAGGCUAAGGUUCAAGAACAAGUGGUAACGCAAAUCCAGCAAGUCUUAUUCGAACGAAUACGUAAGUAUACUACGACGGAACAAGAAGACCGACUUCCCUGGUUGUUCCUUGACGGGAUCAUCCGACAUAACAUGCGACGAUACCUGCAGAAGGCUUGCGCUCUCCUCGAUAAGUCUUCCAAAUGUAUUAAUCACCGCAUAGUGGACGCAGUGAGCACGCACUUAGGCGCAGUGGAUGAGGUUCGCGACCUGCAGUGCCUGGUGCUGUUCACUAGCGUGGCGCGACACGUUGAAUACUCCGACCUCGCCUUCCUCCUCGAAUACUACUACAAACUGGAUCACGAUACGCAGGUGAAAGAUAUUCGGAUACUGGCUUUACUACUGGAGCUGCUGACUGCGUGGUCAAGAUGGCUGACUGCGCCUGACAGGGAGGCGCUCAGAGCACACCUAGUGCAAAGACUUGCCACCGCUACAAGUGCCGCCGAUGAUGGUUGCAGAGCCGCUUGUGCUACUCUAGCGGCUCACUUGGAUCCAGAAAAUUUACAGUGGGCGACAGAACUCAUGCAAAAUGCGGAGCGCGGCGGCGCACUGGCGCAGUGGGUGCGCGCGGCGGACGUGUCGCUGGCGGCGCGCGCUGCGCCCGCGCCCGACCUGCUGCGCCGCCUACUCGCGCCCCUCGCGCACCCGCCGCCAGAGUGGAGCGGCGCGCAGCUGGGCGCGUGCGUGGCGGGCGCGGGGCGGCUGUGCGUGCGGUCGCGCGCCGCUGCCGCCGCCGCCGCGCCGCCGCUGGCCGCGCUGCUGCGUGACGCCUCUGCGCCGCUGCCCGCGCGCCUCAACGCGCUGCUCGCGCUCGCCGACAUCUGCGUAAGGUAUACGUGUAUCGUUGAGCCGCUGCUGGACUCCGUGUGCGAGUGUGUGAACACGGAGACUGUGGCGCCCCUGCGUCGCGCUGGCGCGCGCGCGCUCACCCGUCUGCUGCUGGCCGGCUACUUGCGCCUGCGCACGCCGCUCUACUACCGGUACUGUGCUCUUCUAGCGGAUGAUGACCAUGACGUCCGUGAACCAGCUGAAUACUACGUGAGCAGUUGUCUCACAACCGACGCUAUCUACCAUCAUUUCGUUGACUGCAUCUUGCAUUAUAAUAGUGACGGAGAAAACAUAUCAUUCGACGCCAGACAGUUGAUCUACGACGUAAUGCUGCAGCGGUUGUCUUUGGUGCAGAAAUUGAACGUGCAGUGUCGACUUGCGCGCGAAAUCCUACAUCACGCAGCUGACGUUACGGACGAGGGCGACGGCGAACUGCCUCGUGCGCUCAACUCUGCGCUUCUAGAUACUAUCACGUUGCUUUGCGGACCCAGGAUGCGGCUGCCCAAGAAACCACAGACUACGGGUGAUGGUGCGGACAUAGAGGACCUACAAGAGAGAAUUACGACAAAUAUAGUGUCGCAUAAAAUGAAGCGCACGGUGGCGGAGGUGCUGGUGCCGGGUGUACUGCGGCUGUACGCGCGCAUGCGGCGGCACGGCGGGCAGCUCGCCGCCUACCUCGUGCGCAUCGCCACCGACCUGCUCAGCGACUACCGCCACGAGAUCGAGGAGCUGAUUGAUAACGACGAGGAGCUAGUGGAGCGCAUCCACCAGUUCCAGGAGACGAUCGGGCUGGAGCCGUCGUUCGGGAACACGCGCAACCUGGUGACUUCAUCGGCGCCGCCCGACCCCGACACGCCGCAGUCGCGCAAGCGCGCCGCGCGUCCCGCCCGCGCCGCCCAGCCGCACAGGAAGCGCGCGCUCAGGAUAUAG